UCAUUCUUUAAUAAUCUGAGGAGAGAAGGAGGCCGCGUGGCCGAGUCAAUUGGCAAGGGCCUGUUCGGGAAGGGCGGCCGCAGCGCGAGCACGACGGAGAGGGACUUGGUGGACGACGAGCACUACGUUCUCAAGGUCAUCAACCUGCCAUUGGUCGAGCAGACCCGGCUGACAAGAAUAUCGAAACGGCUGGAAGAGUCGCGCGAUAAGACAGAGUUCUGGAUGCCGGCAUUUCCGUGGAGGGCAAUCGACUACCUGAACUACAAGGGAUGCGACGUCGAGGGCCUCUAUCGGGUACCCGGUAGUGGCCCACAGGUCAAGAAAUGGCAGCGGCGUUUCGACGAGCAGUACGAUGUCGACUUGUUUCAGCAAGAUGACCUGUAUGAUAUCAACAUAAUUGGUUCGAUGCUGAAAGCAUGGCUUCGCGAGCUGCCCGACGAGUUAUUUCCCAAAGAGGCCCAGGACCGCGUUGCCAGAGAAUGCGCCGGCUCCGAGAAGGUCCCACAACUCCUCAUCGACGAGCUGUCGAGCCUGUCGCCGUUCAACUACUACCUGCUCUUCGCGAUCACCUGCCACCUCAGCCUGCUCCUGGCGCAUUCCGAUAAGAACAAGAUGGACUUUCGCAACCUCUGCAUCUGCUUCCAGCCGUGCAUGAAGAUAGACGCCUUUUGUUUCAAGUUUCUGGUCUGCGACUGGAGGGAUUGCUGGAAAGGCUGCAAAACCGAGGGGAGAUACAUCGAGGAGGAAUAUAAACUGUUCGACCAGCCACCACCGCCGGGACUGGGAGUACGAAAGAAACUCGAGCCGAGAUUGGAGUCUCGAGAUGAACGCCGGAGGUCUCCUGGCCUCGACAGGGACGAAAGGGAACGC